AUGGACAUACACAUUCCCGGCAAUGACACUCUCGUGUUUGAGAAGGUCGAUCAUGAUGGACCCCACGCCAUACUCCCCAAGCUUCUUGUAAUACUCUCCUUUUUCUCCAUGCUCGCCGCGCUGGGGUUCAACUACUAUGCGCAGGCCCUCAUGAAAUCAGCCAAGGGGAGCCCUGGCGGGACGUCGCCCCUGAAGUUCUUGGGGUUUGAGCAAGGCAGGUUUGGAUAUCGGCGAGCCCAGAUCAAGUCGUUCAAAGAGGUUCGCGACGUUAUACUUGACGGGUAUAACCGACUCUCGGCCCAUGGCGAACCGUUCCUAGUGGCCCUCUUCGGUCGGGAACCCUGGGUCGUCCUCCCGAGCUCAGUCCUUAAGGAAAUCUCAUCUAAGCCCGAGAGCGUCGUUGACCCGCGCGAAGUUCGACUUGACCUCAUGGCUACCAAGUACCUGAACUCGAACCCAAAGGUCCUGGCACCCAACUUUCCCCACAACGUUGUCAGGCUACAGCUCACUCGUCACCUGGCGGACAUUGUGGACGACGUAGCAGACGAGAUGAGUUGCGCAUUACAAGACCAAUGGGGGACCGACCGGGAUAGCUGGCGGUCAGUCUCGCUAUACGCGGCCGUGAUGAAGAUCAUCGGUCGGUCGAUCAACCGGGCUUUUACUCAGAGCCCCGAGCUGUACCGAAACCCAGCCUUCCUCCGUGCCUCUGAGAACUUCGCCCAAAGCCGACUGCGUAACGCGGUCGUGAUGAACCUCGUUCCAGAAUGGCUUCGGACACCGCUCGCCGUUCCGUUGACAUAUGGAUAUCGACGUCAUCUGCGGACUUGCCAACGGUAUUGCGUUCCAGUCAUCGAGGAGCGGACCAGGCACACGAUCAAGAAGUUGCAAGACCGCAACUACGACUGGGAGCCCAUGCAUGACGCUCUCCAAUAUUUCAUCGACGAGUCCCUCGCCCAAGAGGACCCUGAGAUGCGGGAUCCUUACAUCAUGACGGAGCGGUUGAUGAUGAUGAACAUGGUGGCCGUACACUCGACAAGCAUGAGCUUGAUCAACACCAUUCUCGAUCUGAACAGCUCUCCAGACUCGGCCGCCUACAUCGAGCGCCUGCGACAAGAAGGAGCAGAGGCUCGCGCCGGUGCCGGUGGCAACUUCAACAGAGUCAGCCUCACGCAACUCGUGUUCCUCGACUCGACCAUCAAGGAGUCCAUGAGGUUGUCAGACUUGCUUGCGGUUAAUGUCAAUCGGAAGAUCGUCGACCCAGCCGGCCUCACGCUGAAAGACGGACUACACCUCCCCUUCGGCACCCAGAUCUGCUUCCCCAGCUCCUCGGUCCACCAUGAUCCGAGCAUCUUCGCCGAACCCAACAAGUACAACGCCUUCCGAUACGUCGAGGACGAGAUACAGCAGGGGAUGAUCGACCCUGCCACGAACAAGAAGCGGGUGUAUAGUAACAAGUCGCUGGUCAGGCUUUCGGAGGACUUUCUGGCAUUCGGCCAUGGUAAGCGGGCUUGCUCCGGGCGCUUCUUCGCUGCUCAGCAGAUGAAGCUCUUCCUUUCGUAUGUGGUCGAGAACUACAACAUUGAGCCCCUUGCUGAGAGGCCUCAGAACUUCUCUGGUUUUGGGUCAAGUAUACCGAUGCCAAAUGUAGAGAUAAGGGUCCGUCGUCGGUGA